CAUCUGCUUUCCAAGUAACACAGGACCCUCCGUUAGGGGUCUCCAGUAUAUACCUUGUUGUUGAAGACAUCCGGGCCUCGACCGAGGAGAAGACUAGCUCUCCGUCCGGAUCUCCCAACCGAGAACCUCUGUUUUUUCACCGUCCGUCAGCAGUCAUGCCCGACUCCGUCUCCAGCUCGGGUGAACAGCCACAAAGUUCCCAACCCAAGCGCAUUCGACUCUCUCUGGCCUGCAACCAAUGCCGCAAAAGAAAGGUCCGGUGCGACGCUCAGACUCCGAAGUGCCACAACUGCAUCCUCCGCGGCGACGAUUGCCAGACAACGAACCCAAGAAACCCAAACCAGCAGGCCGUACGGAAAUGGGCAGCUAAGAGUGCCAGCACUCAAAGCCAGGGCGGCGGCAGUGUACACGAGGUCUCCGAGACACCUCAAGAUCACCUCCGUGCCAUCUCUCCAAGGCCGCGGCAGUACCUCUCGCCGGCGUACGAUGAAAGCUCUGAGGCCGAAGAUGCAGCCUUGCGAAAGCUCUCAUGGGUCGCGGAGGCAUACCGUGCCAAUGCGAGGGAGAAUCACAGCCCUCAUGAGCACGCGGAUCUGAAUCCUGAUAUGGCCCUCAACACUGACGAGAGUCCGCAUCGGCUCAAGUUCAUGGGCGGCAGCAGUGUGCAGAGUCUGACAAUGUUCGCCGAUCUCUUCUUUCGCAAACGCGGUCUUCGGCCCCUAUCACCCUACUUCCGUUUUGGCAUGCACCAUGUUGAGGAGUUCCAACUUCCUCUAUCGUUUCAGCUCCCUCCCCUACCUCCACUUCCUACACUCGAUGCCUAUCUAGAUGUUUACAUGAAGAGAGUGUACCCGCUCUUUCCCGUCUUCGACGAGCCCACUCUUCGCUCGGAAUUGGGCAGACUUACGACGCUGCAGGAUGCUGAUGCCUCCGGAUCUCUGCAAAAUUCCAUCGACCCGUCUCAAGUUCCACUGCUAGUCUCUAUCUACAGCAUCAUUUGUAUCGGUGCAGACGAAGAAACCGGAACAUUGGCUGAAAUUGGGAGCCAUUACCUCACUGCUGCAUACACUCUUCUCGCGCAUGUAAUAUCAACACCAUACUUGGCUUCAGUACAGGCUCUGCUACUACUGUCCAUCGCGCUGCGUGGCCGUAGUAAAGAGGGCCAAGGAUGGCAAAUUCUCGGCCAGGCCAUCCGCAUAGCUCAUUCCAUUGGGCUCCACCGACACGCCUCGACGCGGCAUUCCCGCAACCCCCCCGACGCCGGAGAUUCGACAGCUUCGCCGGGCUACCAGCCGAAUCGAAAACUGAAUGGUCAAGUCUGGUGGGUUUGCUACACCCUUGAAAAGUUAAUGGAGCUUGAGACUGGCCGUCCGAGUGCGAUACACGAUUCGGACUGUGACCAAAAGCUGCCAGAACCAAUUCUCGUCCCAGCACCCUCGACACUAUUUACAUCAAGCCCUGGAGGUCAAGGCGAUCGACAGACUAUAGACUACUUUCAACCCUGGGCAUCGUUAUCACGCAUCAUCAGUAGUAUAAGCGCUCACAUCUACCGCCGUUCAGGACAAUCCCAAACGUCACGAAUCCUCCUCGGCGACACGGUCCGUCUAGAUACGGCUCUGACGGAAUGGGCCCAGUCAUUGCCAGCCGAGAUCCGCCCUCCCGGGCCAAAUAGUGGGAAUGCAGAUCUGUGCGAUACUGGGCAUCAGCACUUUGCCAUCUUCCUCGCCAUCCACUAUCACCACGCACUUAUCUCGCUCCACCGAGCGGCGUUGGUCUUCCCCGAGUCAAUGUAUCGAACACACAUCAACUCGCAGGCAGAUUCGGGGGCACUAUCAUCCGUCGAGCUCACAAGACUCAGACGAGGAGCUGAAAUUUGUAUCGGCUCGGCGAGGGCAAUGGCCAGACUCAUUGGCGAGAUUGCAGAUGAUGCAACGCCUACGCCGCGCGGCGGUAACGGCGGCAUGUUCGCCCAGUCUCGCCACAAUAGAUCAGAGUCUAUGGUCUUCACAAUGACCCAGCCCCUCAUGUCGGCGGUAGCACUAGCUCUCCACAUUCUCAAACAACCUAGCUCACGGCUUGCACGGUCCGACUUGGAGCUUCUGGGCAUAGCAGCUCAGUAUGCGGAGGAGCAGUAUACGAAAGUCACCCAGAACCCUCGAUUCAUCCAAGCGUGCUCCGUGCUGCAGUCCAACAUGUCAGAGAUUGUGUCUGGUCAUCGUCAGAACCGAGCUUCGCUGAGCGUAUCGACAGUCGAGCCCUGGCAGGCUAUGCAAACGCCGGCAAGGGAUUCCGGCGAGGCAAAUGUAGACGCGGAUAUUGACCUGAUGGAUCUCGAGCUUCCGGAUUUGUCGGGGAUGUUUACCGAGAUCAGCAACACAGACUUGUUUGGGGGUGUUCGGCUAGAGCAUCUUUGGGGGAUGCUAGGAACAGAUGGGCAUUUUGCGGAUGGGAUAGAGCAGCGGCCACAGUCAUGAUAUAUUUUGUCUAGGUAUGUAAACUCAUUGUAAUAGGUCAAGUAUUACGGACUCUUGCAUCAAUUGAGGUGGGCGUGUCGGUGUUCUGAUCCAGGCACCAUAAACCGAGAAUCUUCAGUCUACGAAGUAUGGUUGCAACCUUGUUUGAGAUAUGGCAAUGGGUAGCGAGGUACCGAUUUGGAUGCAACCUCGUGUUUGCAGCCAAGCAUCCAGCUACAUCACUGUAGUCGGGCGUCGGAAGGAUUGGCCAUCACCUCAAGCGGGGAAUGUGAUAGAAAUCAUGCGAUAGAAUCGGGUUGAAAUAUGACUUACCUAAUGUCACCAUUCGACGGGCUGAUGCACCAUACCACUCAGUACGUCUACAUCGUUUC